AUGACAGAGUCUAUACGGAGAAAAUUAGUCAUAGUGGGAGACGGAGCAUGCGGGAAGACGUCGUUGCUUUACGUCUUCACGCUAGGCGAGUUCCCCACCGAGUAUCAUCCCACUGUUUUCGAAAAUUACGUGACGGAUUGUCGAAUCGAUGGCAAAGCUGUGCAAUUGGCAUUAUGGGACACUGCUGGCCAGGAAGAAUACGAACGGUUGAGACCCCUCAGCUACCACAACUCACACAUUGUAUUAAUUGCGUUUGCGCUUGAUACGCCUGACUCGUUGGACAAUGCUCGCCACAAAUGGGUGGACGAGGUCAAACGAUACUGCCCUGGGGCACCAUUCUUGUUGAUAGGAUUGAAAAAAGAUUUGAGACGCUCUACAAAGGAUAGAGUACGCUACAUCCAGCCGGAUCAGGGUACUUCGGCAGCCAGAGAAAUCGGUGCAAAGACCUACUUGGAAAGUUCUGCCUUGACUGGUGAGGGAGUGGAUGAUAUUUUCGAGUUUGCUACCCGAGCAAGUUUGCUAGUUAAGGAGAAAAAGGAAUCCUGUUGUACAAUAUUGUAG